GCGGUGGUCCCUCCAAAGGCCCAACAGAGUCGUCAGUAGACGCAACUGUCCGCGAAAUUUUGGGAGACAGAUUGACAGGUUUACCAGCGGUGUGUGAUAAUGAUGUUUUAGAUGUAGAAAUAACAAACAGAAAUGAAAUUGAGGAUUCAAUUGUCCCAGAGAUUGAAAAUGAAUAGAAUAUGGGGACGUCAAACAGUUUCUUCACAGAAAACAGUGCCUCUUCAUCACAAUUAGUUUUAGAAGAAGACGUAGUUGCACAACCGGGGGAUACGCAGGAAAAUGAAUUAGACUGGUCACAAUACACUCCAAGGAUGUUAAAAAAGCUUCCCUCGAAACCACUACAUGUUUCAAAGAAAGGUAAAAUAAGAGUGGGUGGAAAUCUUACUAAUUACAAAUGGUGUCAGCUUGCCGACGAGAAAAGGAACAACUCAGUUUUCAAAAAAAAGUUACUUGAAGAAGACCACAAGCAAAAACAGGAAAUUCAUGCAAUAAUGAAGAACUAA